AUUUCGCUUUAUGCUGUAAUGAUUCCAUUGCUUGUGUUUAUUCAGUUGAAUUGAAAUAAAAAUCGUGUUCUUUUUUCAAGUAUAUCCAUUAAAAGAACUUCACGGUUUUAAAGUAAUCAGCUUUAAUACAUCCCAAUGACUUCGUUUUAUAUCAGUAUUAAUGUUUUAAAAUGGUUGUGAUUUUGAAAAGUUUGAUUGAACAACCAGAAUCAAAAUUAAGGAAACAUUUAUAGUGGACUUGUUUGAACGAUCCCUGUAUCCUCCAAUUGUGACAUCAUAGGAAGCGUUAUAAAAUGGAAAGCUAACCUCAAUGUUCUUUUGCUGUUUGGUUUCGCUCAGCUUCGGUGUGAUUACUUGCCACCAUUCAUUAUAAUGCUUAAAUAGGAGUGAUUAUGUUUCAUUAUAUAUUUAAAUUAAAAGUGAUAAAUUUAACAUGUGCUUCCGUAAUAAAGUUAAAGUAUGGGAUCCCUUGAAGGUUUUAUUUCAAGGCAAGGAGAAGUUUAACAAUUACAUUGUUGUAGUUUUAAACACACCAAUAAUUGCAAAUGGGAAAGAAAGUUUAUUGCUAAAUUUAUGGAAUAACGCCUGCAUGAGAGUAACUGUUGAUGGUGGAACACUUUGUUGGUUUUCCUGGUUGAAAUCAAAUAAUAUAGAUGAAACAUGCAUUAAUCCUCCUGACUACUUAACUGGUGAUCUAGAUUCUAUUCCAGAAAAUUAUCUAAAAAAAGUGGAACAAAGAUAUCCUCAACUGGAGAUUAUUAAAACAAUGGAUCAAGAUGAAACAGACUUCACAAAAUCCUUAAGAGUUAUUCAGUCAAAGAUUUCUGAAAGUAACAUUGAUGUUCCUAUAAUAAUUGUAUUAGGAGACAGUUCUGGAAGGAUUGAUCAAAUUAUGGCCAAUGUGAACACAUUGUUUAAGGCCAAAACCAUUGUUCCAAAUAGUAGUGUAUAUUUAUUAGGUUCUGAUAGUUUUUCUUGGUUGUUGUCUGAAGGAUAUCAUAAAAUUAGUAUUCCUGUUAGUUUAUCCAGAAGCAAAACUUGGUGUUCUCUGGUACCUAUUGGGUCUUCUUCCAUUGCAACAACAACAGGAUUGAAAUGGAAUUUGAACAGCGAUGUGUUAGAAUUUGGGAAGAUGGUGAGUACAUCCAACACUUACAGUGGGGAUCCUGUGGUGACUGUACUUAAUAGUGCACCAUUGCUUUGGUCCAUGGGCAUUCUUCCAUUGGUAGGCAACUCAAAAGAGCAACAGACUGAAGAUAGUGUGAAUGUGAUAUAACACACUUAGGCCAUUUCUACUUAUUGUUGAACAGUCAUUCCAAAAAGACCAAUAAACAUGUUAUUUAUUUGUGAAUGUUGUUUUUUAGUAUUGUAAUAAAAGGGAAUAAAUGCAUAUAUGUAUA